ACCCUUUCUGGGCUUGGGCCAGUCAGUGCUCAAUAGUUAGCUUCUGGCUGCACUGGCUGCUCACAAAUAACACAGCUGCCUGGGUCCUGUGACCUGGCUCUCACAGACUGUGAUUGAGAAUUUAUUUCAACUGUGUCAGCACAGCCACUCUGUUCCUUCUGGUCCCAAGUUGCACAGUGCUCCUUGUCCUCAUACACGCCUGUUCCAUCACUGGACCUUAAUAUUUAAAGUGAGCCCUACACUCAGGAUGGACUUGGUUUUCUAUACAUCAUGCCAACCUCUGUGUGAGAGGAAGUGUCUGCAUGUGUAUGCAUACCCCCUUAUGUGCCUAGUUGUCCAUGCAUACCACUACCCCAUGUCCUGUCAGGGGCCAUCCUCUGGACAGGUCCUCACGCCUGCAUGUCAGACCACCUGUCUUCAAGCCCCAACCCCUCCCCACUGCACAGAUGCUGAGCUUGUGGGCUUUGGGGAUUCAAACUCAAGUCCUCACCCUUGGGAGGCAAGUGCUCUGCCUAUCCCUGCAGCUUUGUCUCAGGUGUUUGAUGAUAACCUAGAGCCUUUCUGAGGAUUUAUGAGAACAGUGUCAUCUUGAUGGGUCAGUUUAGAAACACAGCUUUGUCCUUUUUCAUUUUUUAAAAUCUGUACCAUCAGUUUGAGGCUAAUCAUUCAGAAUUCAAAGAAAAAUUGACACAGCGAGCAUAGACAUGAGGACUUUAAAGCAGGAGGCACAGCAAAUAUUCAAAACAGAGAACUGAGGAGAGGUAAACAUCUUACAGGCUUUGAUUUCUAAAAGCCUAAAGUCUCUCCAUAGCCCACAGAAGCCAGAGCCUUGAAGCCCUUCCCAACCAUGUCAUGACAGGUCCUAUUGUGACCUCAUGAUGAGCGACUUUGAGGAGGUCCAGCCAACAGAUGUUAAGCUGUAGCCAGGCCUGGAUUUCUUUGAGUGCUUUGAGAGGAGGUGUGGAGUGGAGCCCUCUGCGACUUGGUUGUAUCUAGUGAGCUGUGUGUGUUUGUAUCGGAUUUUACUGUACUGUGUAUAUGUGUAUGUGUCUAUGUGUGUAGGAUGAUGUGUGUUGACAGAUUUGCUUGUGUGUGACUGUGUGUACACUUUCGCCCAUGUUUGUCAGUAUAUGUAGGAGUGUGUGAGUUUACAGGUUUGUUUGUGUGUAUGUGUUUGUAUGUGUGUACGUUUUCUUGUGUGUCCCUGUGUGUAUGUUUGUGUGUGUCUGUGAUGUGCGUUUUUAUUGGUGUGCUUGUGUGUAAGUAUGUGUGUACCUGUUCAUAUGUGAUUGGGUUUUGUGUGAAUCUGGGUGUUUGUAAGAGUUUGUCUGUGUCAGUAUAAGUACACUUUUGUGUAUUUCUGUGUGUGCUUCUCUGUGUGCCUGUGUGUGUGUGUGUGUGUGUGUGUGUGUGUGUGUGUGUGUGUGUGUACACACGUUCCCAUCCCCUUUUGCCCCUUCUUGUAUCUAUAUUACCUUCACCUCAGUGCAAGAGAGUGUAGAGGCCAGAAUUCAGCCCGGGCUCCUGUUCCUAAGGUAGCAUUAGUACUGAUAAAAUGCCUACAGAGAUUGACAAGGAGUUACCCCCUCCUAGGCCCGAUCCCAGUAUCUCUCAGGAGGGAACCUUUCAUUCCCAAUAUAAUUACUGAAGACUAUUGGAAAAGGAAGCCAUGCCAAGGUCCUCCUGGCCCACCACCAGCUCACAGGAACCCCAGUGGCGGUCAAAGUUCUCCGAAAGAACAAGCAGUGGUUCCGGCCAGCCAUGACAGAAGCAAACAUAAUGAGAAAGAUCAACCACUCCAAAAUUGUUUCUCUCUUACAAGUCAUUGAAAACAAAACUAGAAUAUACCUCAUAAUGGAGCUGGUGGAAGGCCAACAACUCCACCAGUAUAUCAGAGAGUCAGGGCACAUAGAGGAGGAUGAGGCCCGGCAAAUAUUUGAACAGAUAUUGUCAGCAGUGAGCUACUGCCAUGGAAAGGGGAUUGUUCACCGAGACCUGAAAGUGGACAAUAUAAUGAUCGAUAAAAACAAAAAGGUCAAAGUCAUCGACUUUCAGCUUAGCACCGAAACACAACCUGGACAUAUGCUAAACCAGCACUGCGGUGCGUACUCUUUUGGUUCCCCGGAACUCUUCCUUGGACUUCUGUAUGACGGGAUGAAGAAUGACAUGUGGACAAUAGGAGUGGUCUUGUAUUAUAUGGUAGUGGGAAAGCUCCCAUUUGAUUCAGUGAUCAUCCAAGAAUUACAAAUACAAGUUGUUGCAGGGGUGUAUCCUGCCCCCUGUGGGGUUUCAGAAGAACUGGAGAACCUCCUUAGUCAAUUACUAACAGUAAAUCCAAUGUAUAGACCAACAUCCAGCGAGGUGUUGAAACACGCCUGGUUCAAAGAACACGGGAAGGGGUUCACAGGUCGUUGUGAAGAAGUGCUUCCCCUCAGGCCAGACCCUGAAAUUUUGGGUGCAAUGAAAUGAAUGGGAUUUCAAGCCUCUGUAAUAAAAUACUCCCUAAUAAAAAGAAAAUAUAAUGAGGAAAUGGCAACUUAUUACUUCCUACAAGAGCAGGCCCUCCCGGGGUAUGGCUGCACAGCCCAGGCACAGCAAGUGCGUCCCAUUGCAGCCCCAUUUCCUAGCCUUGAUCCUGCAGGUGCUUUUAGAUUACAAAGAAAGAGGAGUGGAAGCCUGCCGGUCCUUGGCACCUUGCAGGUGUCAUUCUCCCACGGUCAUGUAUCUCAGUAUGGCCAGAAGGCUCAUCCAAAAGGAGGAAGAAGGUCAACUGUGCCUGGUCCUCUCAGGGUACUACCACUAUCACAAAUGUGCCAUGAGUGUCCCAUGCAUUCAAACAACAAGCCCCUUCAGUGAGAAGAGUCACAACAAGGAAAUAAAAGAAGAUAAUCUACUCUCCCACAGAGCCCCAUUAGAGGAUAAGCCCAUCUCCAGCAGGGUCCGGCACAGAGGUUUUAAGGUGUGGACCAUGAAUAUAGCAAAUGCCCUGAUUAAUCUUUGUUGCUGCUUGCCAAGGAGAAAGAAACCUCGCCUGGGGCAGAACAGCAUCUCACCCGAGAAAUGAGCCACAGGGAGAGUCCAGAGUACAAGCAGCAGGCAUAGCCCAGGUACCUUUGUGCUUUGUCCUUUCCAGUUUGCUCUAUGCUCCUCCUUCCUCUUG